UGUAGAGAGCUUGGACGCCCCGGGUCAUUGGUCAUCCCCUAUAAUCUCCUCCCUUUCUGUCACAAAAAAAAGAGAAAAAGAAAGAAAGAAAAGAAACACCCCACUGCCUUCCAGGCGGCAGGCUCGGCAGUCCACACCGACCAGACUUCUCUCUCCUGCGUGGAAAAACCGUGGAGAAGUUUGAGUUCAGAGGAGCGUCUGGACGUUUGGGAUACAGCGAUCAUUGGCUGCGUGUGGAUUAUCGAUAAUUGCCGACGAGGGCUGGAGGGGAGCAGGGUGGUAGAGGUGGUGGUGGAGGGGUGGAGGUGGAGGUGGAGGGGGGUAACGUCUCUGCUUUGCCAUUAAUUAUUUAUAGGGUUCCAGUAAAGCGGCGGGGAUGCGCGAGAGAUGCCGCAGCGGCGAGGCUCGCCCGCUCUGAACCGGAGGACUCGCCGGCAGAUGAUGACCCAGCCUGAGAGUGUUUCCAGAGGAGACGGAGGAGAGCACGAAGGAGGAUGAAGAAGGGGGGAGAGGGGCCGAGAGCGGCAGAGGUGGGCUAUAAUGAAGUUGAGUGGGAAAGGACUGUGCACCGUGUGCUCCAGCGCCCUCCUCUUCGUGUGCGCCCUGAGCGAAGUUGUCGUUGGAUUAAGAUGCGUCUCGCUGGGAUCUACGGUGAAGGCGCACUUCCACCUCGGCGCCGCCGCCGGGGCUUUCUACUCCGGGCUGCUGGUGGGGACCGGCCAGGUGCUGCUGGGCUCGGCGAUGGUCUGUUGCGUGCGGAAGCCCGGCUGCCGGAAUUUCUUCCUCCUGGGUGUUGUUGUCUUCUUGCUGGGGGUCCUCACCGCCUUCUCCGGCGCGGUCGUGGACGGGGACACGGCUUCUUUGGUGGAGAGGAAAUUUUCCCACUACUGCUUCCACUCCGUGUUUGUGAACUCCGCCUGCCAGCAGCUGCGGGAGUACCAGCGGACCCUGGUCAUCUCCACCGUCCUCAGCACUUUGGAGUGCCUGCUGGGGCUCCUCAACCUGGUCAUCAUCAAGCGCUACAAGGCGGAGCAGUUCUCUAGGAGCCGGCAGCGGCAGCGCGGCGGGGGGCCGAUCGUGUUCAGCGAGGAGCGGGACUGCUCGGCGGCGGGGCUCCAGCCGGUGUCCUACAUCAACCUGGGGGGGUUCAGCGUGCUGGACGAGACGGGGGCCGAGGUGCAGCGCGGGGGCCACCCGUCCAUCGACCUGCCCGGAUACUGGCCCUGGGACCCGGAGCUCAACCACUGCUUCCCAUUCUCAUACCCGAUCCCCAGCGAACUGCCGCCGGCCUACGAGGACAUUUUCCCCGCCGAGGCAUGCAACACAUAGCCGCUCCGGAGCCCCAGCCUCUGCUGUGACAAUCACUGACUUUUUUCCUUUUUUUUUUUUUUUUGCUUAAAACAAACAAACAAACAAACAUCUUCCUCCAACACACACAGUAUAACAGUAAGUUGCACAGGAGGUGUCAUGUCAGCAGACCAUUAUUCUCAUGUUUUCUGGUAACAUAUAAUUGAGGAGCCAGAUUGAAAGCAGAUAAAACAUUUAAAAUAUCAAAUGAAAAGUGGCAGCCUACGGGCCCAGACAAGUGCAGGCGCAUCCAGGCCCAUAAACGCAACAGCUUGCUGGAAGAAAUGAAGUGGGGAGUUGCUGUUUUCCUGAAUGGUUGCUGUUACCGUUUUUACUUGUGAAUAAAAUGUGUAUUUAACCUCA